AUGGAUACCCUCCUGCUAGUUUCUUCCAUAGUUUUACCGAUCAUCACCAUCUUCUUUCUGCACCAUUUUCUGAGCCAAAAAUCAACCAUCCCUGGAAACUAUGGAUGGCCUCUCAUAGGAGAAAGCAUAGAUUACUUCAAGAAGCUCCGCAGUGGCACCAACGAGAAGUUUGUCAUGCAGCGAAGAAAACUAUUCGGCGACGUUUUCAAGACGUCAAUCCUCGGCGAGAAAAUGGCGUUCUUGUGUGGCCCAGAAGGCAACAAGUUCCUGUUCUCAAACGAAAACAAGCUCGUUGAAGUAUGGUGGCCGAGCUCCGUCGAGAGUAUCAUCAAGAAAUCAAAUAACAAGUCUGUCACGGCGGAAUCCGCCAAAGUCCGGCAACUGUUGCCGCCGUUCUUGAGAGCUCAUGCGGUUAAAAACUACAUCUCCGAUAUGGAUUCUGAACUGAGACAGCAUUUGGCGGAUUACUGGACUGGACGUGAUGAGGUUGAGGUUUGCCCAUUUGUUGCCAAGUACACAUUUGCAUUGGCUGUGAAGUUGCUGUUAGGUGUCCAUGACGCGACGGAGUUGGAGAAGCUUGCGACGCCGUUUGUGGAGGCAGCCGGUGGAAUUAUAGCGGUUCCGAUUAACAUCCCAGGAACAAGGUUUAACCGUGGAGUUAAAGCGUCGAACAGGAUCCGAGAAGUGAUUAUGGGCAUAAUUGCGCAAAGAAGGAAAGACCUUGCUGAUGGGACUGCUACUCCGAUGCAAGAUUUGCUUUCGCAUAUGAUUGUUGAAGUUGACAAACGGAACCAAGACUCCGGCAAUGCUCCAACCACUGACGGUGACAUGUCCAGUGACUUAUUAGGGUUGCUCAUCGGUGGCUAUGACACUAUCAAUACCACCGUCGUUUUCAUCAUGAUGACUCUAGUCGAUCACCCCGACGUGUACCAAGGAGUUCUAAAAGAACAAAUGGACAUUGCAAGGGAAAAAUCACCUGGUCAACUGUUGGAUUGGGAUGAUCUACGUAAGAUGAAAUACUCAUGGAAUGUCGCAUGUGAAGUGCUACGAAUGUGUCCACCAACUGUUGGUGCUUUUAGAGUUGCGAAAACGGAUUUCACCUAUGCUGGUUUCAAAAUCCCCAAAGGAUGGAAAUUACAUUACCUCCCACAUUACACUCAGAAAAACCAUGAGUUUUUCCCUAAUCCUGAAAAGUUUGAUCCCUCGAGAUUUGAAGGAGCGGGACCUGCACCUUACACGUUUGUGCCAUUUGGAGGAGGUGCAAGGAUGUGUCCUGGAAAUGAGUAUGCGAGGGCAGAAAUAUUGGUAUUUAUGUACAAUAUAAUAACGAGAUACAACUGGGUGAGGCUAAUUCCUGAUGAAAAGGUGGUAAUAGAUCCACUUCCAAGGCCAGUUCAUGGACUUCCGAUCAAGCUCAUUCCUCAUGAAACCAUAUCUUAAGUUUUUAUGCCAUCUUUUCACUAUAAGAGUACUCUCUUUGGGGUUUAAUGGUAUUUGAUAAUUGUACUUUUAUUUUUGUUGGUGUUACGAAAGAAAAUGAAUGAUAAGAGGAAAUAAAUAUGGUUUGAUGUAUUUUAAGUCUAGUAUGAUGCAU